AUGACAUCUCCACAGUCUGUUUUCUAUUUGAUGUUUUUGUUCUUUGGGGAAAUGGCUCAGAGGAGUCAUCAGUCCUCGUCUGUUCAUCAAGAGAGCAGUUUUAUAUCCGCUAAUGUUGGGGAGAGUAUAACUUUGAAAUGUGUCUACAAAGAUGAAGUGGUAGCAAGGUUUUACUGGUAUAAGCAAACACUCGGACAGAAGCCGAGGCUCAUUUCUAGCUUCUAUUCAUAUGAUAAAAAUGGCACUUUCUAUGAUGAAUGUCAGAACAAUCCACGAUUCACACUGGAUACAGGAAAAGCUCAAAAUCAUUUGAACAUAAGAAAUCUGCAGAUCUCAGACUCAGCUACUUAUUUCUGUGCGAGUAGCUAUUCGGUAAGUUUUUCAUUUGCAGAAGGCAUCACUCUCAGUGUUAAAGGAUCGGGUUUGAACCUUCAGCCUUUAGUCCAACAGUCUGCACCUGAGAUCAUCCAGCCAGGAGGCUCUGUGACUCUGAACUGUACAGUACACACUGGGACCUGUGAUGGAGAACACAGUGUUUACUGGUUCAAAGACUCUGAAGAAUCUCAUUCAGGACUCAUUUACACCAACGAAGGGAGGAAUGAUGAGUGUGAGAGGAAACCAAAGACAAAUACAAACACCUGUGUUUACAACUUCCCACUGAAGAACCUGAAUGUUUCUCAUGCUGGGACCUACUACUGUGCUGUUGCCUCAUGUGGAUACAUGAUUUUUGGAAACGGGACCAAGCUGGACUUGGAGACUGAGGCGACGUCUCUUCUCUCUGUGUAUUUCUUGAGUGCUGCCCUGGCAUUCACCACCAUGCUGAUCAUUUUACUGGCUCUCUUACUGUACCAUAUAAGCAGACGCCAGUGUACAGGAUCUCAUGCAAGAUUUUCAGCUUCCUUUGUAACAAACUCAGAGAAUUGUGAACCUGAAGAAAACCUUCAUUAUGCUGCUUUGAGGGUAAACAAGACCAGCAGAUCUACCAGAAAAAGACAGGACCCAGAGGAUAAAUGUCUCUAUUCCAGUAUAAAGCAAUAA